AUGAAUGAAGACAGUGUUGACAAGAGCGUCUCGCCUGUGUCAUGGACCACCCAAGUAUCAACAAGUGAGGUAAAUGUCCAUGUGAUUUAUCUAAACUAUGACCUAUGAAUAUUCCUUUAAAAAAGUGGUUGAUAAUAACAAUCUUUAUUAUUUGAUUCAUGGUGUCACCAUACGAAAUAAACAAAGAUCUUACAUUUGAUCUCUGAUAAUCACAGUUUUAUAAGACGUAUGCGAAAGACACUGUGGAAUUUGGGAAUAUAACUUAUAUUUAAAAUUGUAUCGCAUUCAUUUAUCAGGACACUCUGGACACUUCGACCUGCUGGGAGACCUCGUACCCAGGAUUAAACUCCCAUAAAGAUGGCGACAUGCCAAACAGUGGUGAGACACUAUGUCGGUAGUGUAUAAAAAAUUAAUGACUAGAUCCAAUUUGCUUUUAAAAUGCAAAUAUUUAACUUCAUAAAAUAAUGUAAGAACACAAUUAUUUAUAUAUUAAAACCAUAACUCCCAUUGCUGAUUAGCUUCCAUUCAGCUACAGUAAAGAACAUUGAUAAUGCUACAUUGCAUGUUAAUAAUUCUUUUCUUAAUGUUACAUAAUUGGUCAGUGAUAUCGAUUCACAUUUUAUUUAUAUUUACUAUUCACAUUGAAAUCUUUCAAGUUUGGGGAGGGGGGUUAAUCUGUAUUACAUUUUUUUUUAGAGUUAGGGGUUGGUUUAUGCAUUAAAUUUUCCAUGAUGUGUUGUGGUACAUCUUAAAUAAAUUAAAUACAUUUCCAAACUUAUGAAACCCCAAGUUGAUUCAGGAUAUUGUUUAUUGGUACAUAGGGGAUGAUAACAACUUAAGGAAAAAUUAAAGACAUUAAUUCAACAUGUGCUCACUAGUUACUUGAAUUUAGUUGUCAUUUUAUUAUUCAUUAGCAUUGUACAUUUGUAAUAUGCUGUCGGACUUACCACCAAAAUAAGAAGGAAAAAAUAAGUCAAUUCAGUUUGCAAUAUUCUACUCUAAGUAUAGAGGUACCGACCGAUGCAUAGAUCUGGUACAUUGUGGUGCCAGUAGGUGGCUCUAGCAACUAGUUUUACUGGUGCAUGGCCACAUUGACUGUUGGUACUGGUAAAUAGCUAUAUUGACUCUUGGUACAGGUGAAUGAAUAUAUUGACUGUUGGUACUGGUGCAUGGAUAUAGUGACUUGUAAUACUGGUGCAUAGCUAUAUUGACUGUUGUUACUGGUGCAUGGCUAUAUUGACUGUUGGUCAUGGUGUAUGGAUGUAGUGGCUGUUGUUACUGGUGCAUGGCUAUAGUGACUAUUGGUACUGGUGCAUGGCUAUAUUGACUGUUGUUGCUGGUGCAUGGCUAUAUUGACUGUUGUUACUGGUGCAUGGAUUUAUUGACUGUUGUUACUUGUGCAUGGCGAUAGUGACUGUUGUUACUGGUGCAUGGCUAUAGUGACUGAUGGUACUAAUGCAUGGCUAUAGAAACUGAUGGUACUGGUGCAUAGCUAUAGUGACUGAUGGUACUAAUGCAUGGGUAUAGUGACUGAUGGUAUUGUUGCAUGGCUAUAGUAACUGAUGGUACUUAUGUAUAGCUAUUGUGAGUAUUGGUACUGAUGCAUUGCUUUAGUGACUGUUGGUACUGAUGCAUGGCUAUAGUGACUGAUGGUACUGGUGCAAAGCUAUAGUGAUUGAUGGUACUGAUGCAUAGCUUUAGUGACUGUUGGUACUGAUGCAAAGCUAUAGUGACUGUUGGUACUGAUGCAUAGCUUUAGUGACUGUUGGUACUGAUGCAAAGCUAUAGUGACUGUUGGUACUGAUGCAUAGCUUUAGUGACUGUUGGUACUGAUGCAUAGCUAUAGUGACUGAUGGUACUGGUGCAUAGCUGUAGUGACUGAUGGUACUGGUGCCUGGCUAUAGUGACUGAUGUUACUGGUGCAUGGCUAUAGUGAUUUUUAGUACUGGUGCAUAGCUAUAGUGACUGAUGGUACUGAUACAUAGCUAUAGUGAUUGAUAAUACUGGUGCACAGCUAUAGUGAUUGAUGGUACUGAUGCAAAGCUUUAGUGACUGAUGGUACUGAUGCAAAGCUAUAGUGACUGAUGGUACUGAUGCAAAGCUUUAGUGACUGAUGGUACUGAUGCAAAGCUAUAGUGACUGAUGGUACUGAUGCAAAGCUUUAGUGACUGAUGGUACUGAUGCAAAGCUAUAGUGACUGAUGGUACUGAUGCAAAGCUUUAGUGACUGAUGGUACUGAUGCAAAGCUAUAGUGACUGAUGGUACUGAUGCAAAGCUUUAGUGACUGAUGGUACUGAUGCAAAGCUAUAGUGACUGAUGGUACUGAUGCAAAGCUUUAGUGACUGAUGGUACUGAUGCAAAGCUAUAGUGACUGAUGGUACUGAUGCAAAGCUUUAGUGACUGAUGGUACUGAUGCAAAGCUUUAGUGACUGAUGGUACUGGUGCUUUGCUAUAGUGACUGAUGGUACUGAUGCAAAGCUUUAGUGACUGAUGGUACUGAUGCAAAGCUUUAGUGACUGAUGGUACUGGUGCUUUGCUAUAGUGACUGAUGGUACUGAUGCAUGGCUAUAAAGACUGUGAGUACUAAUGCAUAGCCAUAGUGACUGAUGGUACUGAUGCAUGGUUAUAGUGACUAAUGGUACUGAUGCAUUGCUAUAGUGACUGAUGGUACUGAUGCAUAGCUAUAGUGACUGAUGGUACUGAUUCAUGGCUAUAAGGACUCUUGGUACUGGAGCAUAGCUAUAGUGACUGAUGGUACUGAUGCAGUGCUAUAGUUUUCGUGUGGUACAGUUGAAAGGCUCUAGUGAAUUUUAUGCUUUUGUUUAUUUCUCUAGUUUGUAACUGUACCGGUACAUGGCAAGAGUCACUGUGGCUCUAGUACAUACUGUUUUUUCAUGCAUUACACAGACGUAAAUAAAUAAUUAAAUACUUUACGAUAAUUUAUUCUGAAUGUUGAAACAUGCAUAUGUGGUACAAUGCUUGAAUCUAUUGUUUUUUUUAAAGAAAUGAAGAAAUGCAAUAAAAAUUGGAAAACAAGCUGAUCUAGACUUAUGGAAACUUGACACCACAUUUCAGGAAUGUCAUGUUCUAAUUCCAAUGUUAAGCUUUCUCUUCCCUUCCUCCUUGUUAAGACCAAUCUCACUGGAAUUACAUUUUCUCACGUCUGUUCAAUUUAACCUGAGUUAACUCUAGGACCUAAGUGUGUUCCGUAACAUUUCUCUUUGCGUCCUCUCAGAUAUUGCAUUUCUCUUUGUUGUUUUUUUAAUAUUUAAUUCUAUUUUUACUGUUGAUUGUUCACUAAUGAACGCUUCUUGUCGUCUCGUUCGUUUUUGCUUUUUCUUUUUCAGUGUUUUCUAUACUUUACUUCGAUAUUUUUCAAAAAAAGAUUAUUUUUACUUAUUUUUAAAGUAUAUAACCUGUGAUUACAACGACCAGGUGUAAAAAAAAAGUUUUUUUAAAUCCUCUAUCGUCAUUUUGACAAUCUUAAGUCUAGCAGAUUUGAUAAGCAAGCAUGUGACAAACAUUUUUAAAAAUGCAUCUUAUUUCUAGUCUGAGCUUUGUAGCCCAUGUAUUUACCCUAAAACAGCUUAACCAAAAUAAAUUUAUUUGAAUCCCCAAUCAUUUUGUGACCCAGUUGUUCAUGUUAUUGCUUUUGCUUUCGAACAUCCUGUCUAUUCUUAUGUCCCUAAACCAUUUUUUCCUAAGAGAAGAAGGAGUGCAUUUUAGUUUUCUUUUAGAAACAAACAGUUCUAAUUAAUAUUAUUUUGUUCUUCAGACACAUGCCCGAAGUUUACAAAUAAUUGUUUCGAAUUCGACGAGACAACAUUUGGCCAGGUCGCCAUCAGCAGCUGUCCCACCGGUUAUUAUGGUAAGUUGAAGUCAGUAUCGUUGUGCCGCUAGCAUCUGUCCCACAUGUUAUUAUGUUAAGUUGAAUUUAGUAUCUUGUGCCACCAGCGGCUGUCCUACACAUUAUUAAUUAAGUUGACGGCAGUAUCUUUGUCACCGUCAGCUGUCCCAGAGGUUAGCAUGGUAAGUGGAGGGAAGUAUCUUAUGCCACCAGCAGCUGUCUCAAAGGUUACUAUGGUAAGUUGACGUCCCUAUCUUAUGUCACAAGCAGCUGUCUUCCAAGUUAUUGUUGUAAGUUAACGCAGUAUCUUGUGCCACCACCAGCUGUACAAAGUAUUAUUAUGGUACGUUGACGGCUGUAUCUUGUGCUCCAGCAGCUGCCCUCACAGCUGCUUAAAUAGUCCAGCCUUGAAGUUGAUUCCUUGAUCAGAUUGUACCGACUUUGGAAGACAAAACAAUUUAAAAAACUUCGUCAGGGCUUUGACGAUGUUUAGAGUUUUUAUAUUGCGAAGAGGAAUGGCUUCUGGGAAUCUUGUUUACGCACACAUGAGUGUCAGCAUAUAUUGAUGACCUGAUUUUGUUUUUGUCAGAGGUCAAACGCAGUCCAUUAUCACGCGACUGAAAGGUUCUUCGAACGCUGGAAUGGGUUUAAGAGGAGCUUCUAGUAUCUUCUGAUUUGGUUUCCCGACCACAUGAAAAGUAUGACAUGAUCUGCAGUAGUCAACCACGUCAUUCUUGGUUUUGGGCCAAAAAGGGUGCGACGUGAUUUUGUGAUAUGUCUUGUUUACUCCCAAAUGGCCUGAAAGUGGUGAAUCAUGUGCUAAGUUUAGGAUUUUGUUCCGGAAGGGUGUAGGAACUACUAUUUGAUGAACUAUCCUUCAUUCUUCGUUUUGGUGGUAGACCUACCAACCAUGUUUAAAUUGAAGCCGGUUGUAAACAAGAUACAUCAAAGAGAUUUAACCACGACUACAACAAAAGUUACCGUCUGCUAGUAGUCUAAUGGGGGGGGGGGGGUCAAAGAAAUGAGAUAUACUUUUUCUAUAGCCAUAGUUUUGCCAUUAGUUUGAGAUAUGAUUUUUUGUAUAGCCAUAGUUUCGCCCUUUCUUUGAUGUAUACGUUUUUUGAAUAGCCAUAGUGUUUCCUUUAGUUUUCGAUAUAAUUUUUUUCUAUAUAGCCAUAAUUUUGCCAUUAGUUGAGAUAUAUGUUUUUCUAUUGCCAUAGUUUUGCCAUUAGUUUGAGAUAUGAUUUUUGUAUAUAGCCAUAGUUUCACCAUUAGCGUUGUUUUGAUGUCUUGCUCCAUUAUUUGUUAUCUAUCUUGGUGCAUUCAUUGUUUAGAUGCCUUGAUGCAUUCAUGGUGUCUACGUCUUUGUGAACUCAUUGUUUAAAUGUCUUGGUGCAUUCAUUGUUUAAAUGCCUUGAUGCAUUCAUGGUGUCUACGUCUUUGUGAACUCAUUGUUUAAAUGUCUUGGUGCAUUCAUUGUUUAGAUGCCUUAAUGCAUUCAUGGUGUCUACGUCUUUGUGAACUCAUUGUUUAAAUGUCUUGGUGCAUUCAUUGUUUAGAUGCCUUGAUGCAUUCAUGGUGUCUACGUCUUUGUGAACUCAUUGUUUAAAUGUCUUGGUGCAUUCAUUGUUUAGAUGCUUUGAUGCAUUCAUGGUGUCUACGUCUUUGUGAACUCAUUGUUUAAAUGUCUUGGUGCAUUCAUUGUUUAGAUGCCUUGAUGCAUUCAUGGUGUCUACGUCUUUGUGAACUCAUUGUUUAAAUGUCUUGGUGCAUUCAUUGUUUAGAUGCUUUGAUGAUUUUAUUGUGGGGAUGUCUUUGUGUAAGAUUUAGUGUUUAGAUUUUUUAACAUUAUAUAGUAUAUUUUAAUUAACAUUGAUUAUUAUCUUAAACAAAGGGAAUGUAUCCAUACUGUGCAGCAAAGACAAACAGUGGGAAGCUUUGGACUCGAAGAACUGUUCUCUAAAAGAACUAUCUGAGAUACUUGAAAGCGUAAGUCGACUACUUGUAACAUCAUCCAAUCUACUUUAACGUGUAACUCAACCUAAGUAAUGCCUUGACGAAACUAAAAACUUUUUCCUGAUUUCUGUAAAAUUUCUAAUACAACGAUCAUAAUAUUUAACUCAAUAUAUAAUUAUACAUGAAAAAAAAAAAUUUUAAAAUUCUAACCUUUGAGAUUCAAAUCUAUGAUUACAUAAAACGAUUUAAUUUUCCAACAAUAAUCAAUGCAAACUAUUAACAAACUACGCAGACACAAGUCUUAAGUUCAUUAUAACAAAAACAAUAAUUAUACGUUGGCCUAAAAUAGAUUGCAUCUGCCUUGUUGUAUAUAGGGUAUAUGGGCUAUACAGUGUAGAUAAUGUAUAUAGUGCCUAAAUUAGAGUUUCACUGAUAAAGUGGAACGUUACCUUAAUCGAUUAAUAUAUCCAUUUAAUGGUAUCCACUUUUUGGCGUCAAAUCAAUCGUCUAAUAACUAUAUGAUACGAUCCUCAGUGGCGUAAUCACGUCACUGGUCCAUUCAAAAUAUAUCUUCCAAUGAAAGUCCUUGUCAAGUGGCCCGUUUCAAAUAUCUGUGCAACAGGGUAGUGCCCGCUUGUUUCAAUUCAAUUAAAAUGAACACAAUUAGAUUUAAACCAAUAACAAUGAAGCCAAUUAGAAGAAAAUUAUUUAGAAUUAAAGCAAAUUAGAAUGAAGCCAAAUAGAAUAAAACAAAUGAUACUGUAGCCAAUUGCAAUAAAACCAAUUGAAUUUAAGCCCAUCAGAAUUUUUAAAAAAUAGAAUAACAUCAUUUAGAAUUAAAUCAAUAAAAAAGAAGCCAAUUACAAUAUAUUCUUAGAAGGAAGUGAAUUAGAAUGAAGCUUGUUAUGUUUUCAGUGCUUUUUAUUUCAAGCAAGUAACAUAAACAUAAAUAAAUAGAAACUCUCAAUCAGGUGACUUUCUGCUUGCGUCCGGAACACACUCUUCAAUAACACACACUCACUGACUACAGUGUCUCUGCGCUUGGCUGGCUAACUGGACGGUCCAAUCCGCUAGUCCACCAUAACACCUCCCCGAUCAAUUACACGUCCAUGUAACAAUGCUGCUCGACGUUGUCUUUGAGUUCUCCUGGGUAUGACAUAGUCUGAAGGUCUUGGAUGUCGAGGGUUAAGCUUCUUAUAAGGUGGGCUUGGAGUUGCUGGAUGUGUAGACGGUUGAUGACUCAGGGCUGCUUGAGCUGUUGGAUAAAGACUUCCUGUCAUUAUAAUAAUAAUAAUAAAGUUUAUUUCAAAAACACGCUUCAUUCCCAAAGGCUCGAUGCGCGGUACAAAGUAAUAUAAUUUACCACAUUUAAAACAAACGCAACACUACAAACCUAAUUACAAGCAUACCAAGUCAAAGUCUUUCUACCCAUUUCAACCCUAAGCAACACAGCCAAUAUGCAUUAAAUGCCAGAUAUGGUAGACAAUCAUCCCAGAAGGUGUUUGCGAAAUCUGUUUUAAAGGACUCCAAUGUCUGUUGUUUCUGAGAUCGACUGGAAGGCCGUUCCAAAUUGAUGAACCAGCAAAUGCGAAAGUGCACUUUCCGUAAGUCUCAAGGCAAACACGUGGUGUCGAUAGUUUGCCACUAUCGGAUAAGCGGAGUUGUCUAAUGGGUACAUAAGGUGUCAGCAGCUCUUUCAGAUAGGACGGUGCCAGGCCAAGUAAGCAGCGGUAGCACAACGUUGCGAUUUUAUACUCUAUGCGAGCACGGACCGGCAGCCAAUGCAACUCUCUCAGAAGUGUUUUUGCAUGGUCAAACUUGCGUUUGCGGAGAACAAACAAUUCGAGCCACAUUAUUCUGUGCUAUUUGAAUUUUAUCCAGGAGCGUAGCUGGAAGACCCACCAUGAGAGCAUUGCAAUAGUCCAUGCGUGAUAACACAAAUGCAGACAUCAACCUCUUUGUUGCAUCAAUUGUUAGGAAGGGCCUGAUGUGACUAAUCCUGCGCAACUCUAGAAAAAUCACCUUGCAUAGCAUGUUAAUGAGACUUUCCAAGGUUAGUCUUCUAUCUAGGUAGACACCAAGGUACCGCACUGUUUGAGCUAUUUCAAUACACACACCUGAGAGAGUAAUUGAUGUCGUGUUAUUUUCAGAUUUUUGCUUCUGAGCGGUCGCGAUGGGGAGCAGCUCAGUCUUAUCAUCAUUCAAUUUGAGCUUGUUAAUGGUAAUCCAGUGCUUAACUGAUUCCACUGUCUUCUGUGUUAUACUGACAAGCUGAGGGAACUGAGAGAGGAUCACGGAUUUAUGAAGUUGGGUGUCGUCCGCGAACAUGUGGUAUUGCACGUCAAACUGCCUGAUCUCUGCACCCAGGGACUGAAUGUACAUCGUGAAAAGCACCGGGUCUAGGACCGAGCCCUGGGGUACUCCGAAUUCGAUAUUAGAUUUCUUCGAGGUCAAGCCGUUUGAAAUAACUGACUGGACCCGAUUAGUCAAAUAUGAUCGGAGCCAAGUCAGGACGGCAUCAGUGACACCGAACGUUUUUUGCAGACGCUGGAGCAGUAGGCCGUGGUCAAGCGUAUAGAAAGCUGCUGAUAGAUCGAGUAAAGACAAAAUUCAAACCUUUUUCUGAAUCUUCUUCUGCUCCGUACCUUCUGAAAUUGGUCUAAAUGUAUCUUCUAUAUGGUACCAUUUGGAUAAAUCUUCACCUUGAAAAGACAUGGACCCAUAACUUGGAUGAUCGUUCCGGGAGCCCAUCGUGGUUUAGAGUCUGUUGCUGUUCCAUAUAUUCUGAUGUAACAUGGAUCUCCCCGGUUAAAUGAUCGACUAGGACUUCUUUUUGUCCCAUUGCGGACAGCCAUUUCUUUAAGAUGUUGUCCCUGUGCUCGAUGAGCAGGAGAGGGAACUAGAGUAUCAAUAAGUGUUCUUAUUUGCCGAUUGUUCAGCAGUUGGCUUGGUGAUAGUCCACUAGCCAAUGGUGUCCUGCGAUACUGACGUAGAAAGUCUUGUAAAGAUUCCUUUAAAGAUAAUGAGGAUUUCUUUAGUGAACCCUUGAAACUUUGAAUCAGUCGCUCGGCAGCUCCAUUCGUAGCAGGAUAAUAGGGAGCGCCUGUGAGAUGUACGAUACCUCUCUCCUUACACCAAUGCUGAAAUUCUUCCGAGAUGAAGCUAGUAGCAUUUUCACUGACUAUGGUGUGUGGAUAGCCGAAAUGAGCAAAAUCUUCCCCCAGAAGAUCAAUGGUGGCUUUGGUUGAUAUAGAUGUUUUCCUUGCGGAUGCAAGGGUACUUUGAAUAUGCAUCUAUCACCACCAGCCAAUGUGAUCCCUUAAAGUUAAUGGCAUGAUCAAUAUGCACUCGACUCCAUGGUUUUUCUGGCAGCAUCCAUGGGUAGAUACUUGCUUUGUUUCGGUCUCUGGCGUGUUCUGCACAUGUUUGGCAUGUUCGACCUAUCUCCAUGAUUUGAGUAUUAAGUCCAGGCCAAUAUACCGAUGAUCUUGCUAACUCUUUCAUCCGCUCGAUUCAAAAAUGUCCUGUAUGCAGGAUUUGGAGAACUUGAGCUUGUUGUAUUUUUGGUACUACAAUUCUUGAACCAUAAAAUAGACAAUUCGACUCCACAGAGAGAGAGUCUUGAAUAUUUUUAAAAGCUGCAAUGUUAGCUGCAUCCUUGUUCAAGUGUGCUUUCUUUGUAGAGGACGGCCAGCCCUCUUGACAAUUUCUCAUUACUGUAGACACAGUAGAAUCUUUAAGUGACUCUUUAGCAAGGACUCCUGGGUCUGUUGGUCUGAUCUGUAAACUGAUUUGUUUGAUCAUACAUACAGAAUCCAUGUCUGGUUCACUUUCUUCACCAUCAAACAUGUCAUCAGGCCCUGAGGGUAGACGACUAAGAGCAUCAGCAUUGCAAUGUUCAGUUGACUUAUGGAUUUGUUCACCAGCUGUAAUCGAUGAGUUUUGAUUACGUAACGAAUGUGAUUUAUCUUUGUUUGAAACAUUGUAUCUAUUGAAAUCUUGAGGUUCUUUAUCGCAGUACUUCCCAACACAUUUAAAUAGUGGUUUUUCACUACUACAAAUGACAGAUUUGUAGUUAUUUCCCCUGCCUCAGCCUUUAUCUUCACAACUUCCAAAACAUUAAGAAGGUCACUAGACGCUGUCUCGUACUUAACAGAUACUGGGAUCGAUGUUGGUUGUCCAAGAUUUUACCAAAUAUAUUUAGACAUAAAAUUUUCUCCGGCUCCAGUGUCAAUUUCGAAUGCAAACCUCUUUCCUCCUAAAAUGACUUCUUGAAUAAUGGAUGGGAUAGUUUUUACUUGGUUUUGCCUUCUUAUUCUUUUGAGAUCAAUUGGUUUCUGUUUUGGAAAUUCUGUUUCUUAUUUAGACAAACUCUUUCCAGGUGUACUUUCUUGUGGCAAAAUCGGCAGAUUAUGUCUUUAUAAUUGCAGACAUUUCGUUUAUGGAUUCUACCUCCACACCUGCCACAAGUUCCAAUCGAAAAAUCCUGUAUUUGAGAUGGAGAAAAUUUCUCUGCUGUCUGAUGUUGCUUUUUUUUUUUGUCUGAACUUUAUUGAUAGGAGUUUCAUCAUGGACUGUUACUUUGGCACAUUUCGCUGCCUCCUCUGAUUCAACAGCUAUUUCUACUGCCUUGUUAAAUGACAGUUCAGUGUCCUUCAUCCGAAAUAAAAUGUUCAAUACAGCCUCGUUCUUUACAGAGCACAUGAAUCUUGUUCGUAAGACUUCAUCAAGAGGAUUUUUGAUAUUACUAAACUCACAAGUUGCUGCAUCCUGUCUGAUCCUAGCUGCCAAUUAUUUGAUUGUUUCCCCCGGUUUUCUACUUGCAUCAGACCAAAAUGUGAUUUUUUUCCCUGAACACAAAUUUGGUAGGAUCAAACUGAUAUUUGUUCCAUGUUCAAAUCAUUUAAAUUUAGUGGUGGUUCAUUUUGUUGUACGAGGGUUGCCAACAUUUUAUGCAGCUCUGUUGUUUGGCUUGUUAAAAACAUGUGUGCCUGCCUUUCCUUUGGCACAUUAUUUGCCAACACGAAGGUCACAUAUCUAGCGUAGUGGUCUGUGAAGGUUUCCUCGUUACUAUUGAAAUUUGUCAACUUCAUAUUAGUAGCCGCAUGACCUAUUGCUAGUUUCAACAGUAACUCAUUCUGCUGAAUCAGCCUUUGAAUGAUGUCCGCUUGGGUCAGAUUUGACUCCACCAUCGUGUGUUUACCUCUUCAGCCACGUGAAGUCACUGGGUUGUAUCACUCUAACACUCGGUUGUACUGAGUUUUGUAUUGAGUUAAUACUGACCAGCAUACUGUGUCGUUACUACUGGCCACCAUUUGUUAUAUUUUCAAUGUUUUUAUCUCAAACAAGUAACAUAAACAGAAGCCUAUUAGAAUAAAAUCAAUUAUAAUCAAAUCACUUAGAAUGAAACCAGUUAGAAUGAAUGAAACUAGUUAGAAUGAAUGAAAUCAAUUGAAAUGAAUCACUUAGAAUAAAAUAAAUUAGAAUAAAAACAAUUAGAAUACAAUCAAUUAGAAUACAAUCAGUUAGAAUGAAACCAUUUAGAAUGAAUGAAACUAAUUGGAAUGAAUGACUUAGAAUAAAAUUAAUUAGAAUAAAAACAAUUAGAAUACAAUCAAUUAGAAUACAAUCAGUUAGAAUGAAACCAUUUAGAAUGAAUGAAACUAAUUGGAAUGAAUGACUUAGAAUAAAAUUAAUUAGAAUAAAAACAAUUAGAAUACAAUCAAUUAGAAUACAAUCAAUUGGAAUAAAACCAAUUAGAAUGAAGCCUAUUAGAAUAAAACCAAUAUGAAUAAAAACAAUUUUCACAAAUAUUGUUUGAUUGUUUGUUUGGUUUAGGUAAAAACGAGAUGGGGAUAUUUUUUAAUGCUAUUAUUGGUGAAAGUGAGAAUGAUAUGGAGAUCUGUUUAAAUGUUUGUUUGGUGAAGGUUAGAUUGACAUCCAUAUCUGUUUUAAUGUUUAAAUCUAACUUUCCGUUUAAACAAGCUUCUGUCUUAACAAAAUUUGUUUUGAAACACAUUCUGUCUAAUACUAUUCCCUCUUCAACACUAGUUUUGUCAAUUUUUUUUUUGUAGUCAUUUCCAUGACCACUCUAAGCAAAGAUAGCAAAAUAACAAGAAGAGUCAAUGUAUUUAAUUUGUAUUAAGUAAUGCAGUCUAAUUAACUUACCUGUGAAUGUACACUUAUUAAUUGGUACAACAUGACCUCGUAAAUUCAGUUUUGGGGCUUCACAAAUUGCAUGCCUAAGUUUGUAAUGGACCCUCUGAAUUUACAUUUGCGAUUCCAUUCAUAGAUUUGCGAAUUUUUUUAAAUCCUCGGUAACAUAUCAUUUAUAUUUACGUCUUUAUGUAAUUUUUAAUUAAAGGGAUAACAUUACUCUCUCAGUGCAUUACAUAAAAUACUUAUCCCCCCCCCCCUUUUUUUUUUUCGUUGAUUUGUACCUUCUUUUUAAAUAAAAAUUUUUUUAAAUCCUCGGUAAUUUAUCAUUUAUAUUUUCGUUUUUAUUUAAUUUUUAAUUAAAGGGAUAACAUUACUCUCUUAGUGCAUUACAUAAAAUACUUAUCCCCCCCCCCUUUUUUUUUUUCGUUGAUUUGUACCUUCUUUUUAAAUAACCUCUGUUACAUAUGAAGUUUACCUAUGGUAUAUGUCUUCUGUGACAUAUGAAGUUUACCUUCAUUAUAUAUGAUCUCUGCGACAUACUAAAUUUACAUAUUGUAUAUGAUUUCUGUGAAAUAUUAAGUUAAAUUGAGGUAUAUGACUUUGGUGGUGUAUAAAGUUUACCUCAUUAUUUAAGACAUAUGUGACAUAUUAAGUUUACUUAUGUAUAUGACUUCUCUGACAUAUAAAGUUUACCUUCAUUACAUUUGACUUCUGGGACAUACUUAAAUUUAUCAUCGGUAAAUAACUUCUGUGACAAAUGAAGAAUACCUUCAUUUUAUUUGACUUAUAUGACAUAAUGUUUAUUGACUUUAUCUUCGUUCUGUAUGAGUUCUGCGACAUACCAAUAAUACCCUCAUUAUAUAUGACUUUUGUGAUACAGUUUUUACCGUCUUUAUAUGACUUUUGUGACAUAUGAUAUUUAAGUAGUUUACCUUUCGUCCAACAUGACUUCUGUUACAAUGGACUUCCAUUCAUUCUAAAUGAAUUCUGGGACUUACAAAGCUUAUUUCCUUAAAUGACUUUUACGACAUAUGUAGCGUAAACAUUCUAUAUGACAUAAGUAAUAUAUUAAGAUUAUAUUCAUUACAUAUCAUUUCUGUGACAUAUGAAGUUUAUUUCGUUAUACGACUUCAUAAAGUGACACAUAAAGUAUUCUUCGUUCUGUAUGACUCUUAUUACAUAUACAUGUUCACUUCGUUAUAGAUCCCUCGUGGGACAUAUAAUUUUUACCUUCCUUCUAUAUGUUAAUAUGACAAGUGGGACAUAAAUUUUAUCUUCAUUCUUUAUAAAUUAUGGGACAAAUAAUUUUAACCUUCACUCUAUAUGACUCCUGCGACCUAUUAUGCUUAAAUUCAUUCUAUAUGACUCCUGUGACAUAUUAUGCUUAAAUUCAUUCUAUAUGACUCUUUCUUCGCUAUAUAUGACUCCUCGGACAAACACAUUUUAACUUUGUUAUAGCUGACUCCUGCAACAUGUAAAUUUUUCCUUCUUUCUAUAUGACUUCUGUAACAUAUAAAGUUUACUUUUGUUAUAUAUGACUCCUGGGACAUAUAAAGUUUACCUUUGUUCUAUAUGGAUUAUGACAUAUAAAGUUUACCUAGUUCACAUUAAUCACAAUGACAUAAAAACGUCAGUCAUUUAGUUUACAUUCCCAUUCGUUAAUUUGUUUUAAACGUACUGUUAGUACAUAUGGAAACAAAAGCCAAUUUAUUACUAUGCUGUAGGAUUAACAUAAUUAUAUCGCACUGUGACUGAACUAGUGUAAGGGUAACAUUAGUAUACCAUUUUGUGAAUGAACUACUGUAGGGGUAACAUUAGUUUACCGUACCGUGAAUGAACUACUGUAAGGGUAACAUUAGUAUACCAUUUUGUGAAUGAACUACUGUAGGGGUAACAUUAGUUUACCGUACCGUAAAUGAACUACUGUAAAAGUAACAAUUGUAUAUUGUAUGUCGUCCAUAAGAAUGUCAUACUAUGAAUGAACUAGUGUAGGGUUAACAUUAGAAUAACGUAAUGUCAAUGAACUAGUUUGGUAAAAAGCCGAAAGGAGAUACUGUACCCUAUUUUCAUGUCAACAAUUAUUUUUUGUUCUAUUUUUACGUUAACCAUUUUGAUGGUGACUAUGUGGGUUAUAUAUAAAGGUUAAAAAUGCCUCGUUCUCGUAUUGCUUUCAAACAGCUUAAGGUCAGGCCUUAUUUAUUAUCUAGAAAUAAGCAUUUAUUAGCAUUUCUUUAAUAAAUCGUACACAGCACUCCCAGUUACUCGUGAUACGCGACUAUUUCUGGACUCUAAACUCGCUAAUGUUUGGGGUAUUACUGUAUUUGAAAUGGCAAAAUGAUUGCGUCACAUUUACAAAACAUUAAAAUCAACUUUAUUUUUUAUUGGACUUUAAUAAUUACUUUUCAAUUAAAAUGAACUUAAGAAAUCCAUGUUAUUUUAUUUCCUAAUAUUAAAUAAUAAAUUCACAUAGUAGUGAGUAGGACCUAAUAUAUCUGGGCCAUAAAAGUUGUAAUUAAUUUUUAUUUUUAAAUCUAUAAAUACUACAAGAGAGUAUGUUUUUUUCUCAAUUUUAUACUGUUCAUGAAAAAUUCUUAUGAACAGUCUAUGAAUUUCUUAGAUAAAAGACCCCGGUGACAACCAAACUCUAGAUGUUGGUGAGCUAACACAGAAACUGAGAACGUC